GGUCGUUAUAGUGAUCGUAUCAAACUUUGUUGUCUGUGUUUGAAAAUCAAAAUGGGAUGGCUAUAAAGCGGAUGGAAACUAAAUUACCAUCCAAAAUGGAGUCUAUAAUUUAAAAGAAGACUUGAACUUUGCAUCAAGCAUGAACAAAAGCAAAACAUCAGCCAUAACACCAGGUGUACGUGUACACACUGAGCCCGUUCAACCAAGAAGGGUUUCAACAUUUUCCGAGAACAAAUGUUUCGAAACAAAAGGAAUAGGUAGAAGAAAAGGAUUUAGGAAAAAGGGUCAAAAACAAAAUACUCUUCAAGCAAUAAACGAAACGCCAUGUCGCUCAUCAACGCUAACUAUGACUAAAAAGAAGAGAUCAAAACGGAAAAGGAAAAACGGGGAAUUAAAUCAACAGACCGUUGCAGCUUUCCGAGAGGUGUUUGACCUAUUUGAUAGCAACGGGGGUGGUACCAUUGACGCCGAUGAGUUGGACAAGACACUGCGCUCUGUUGGCAUUGAACUCACCCGUGAAGAAAUAGUUCAAGUGCUGACGUCAAUUGAUGCAGAUGGAAAUGGAGAAAUCGAUUUCGACGAGUUCCUUGCUUUGAUGACGAAUACAGAAAGAUUUUUGGGUACUUUUGCGGGAAAACACGAUCGAACUGGGUCCGAUGAACAAACAAACGAACAAGAGCGUGAGUUGCUGCUUUUUGACGCCCUAACUGAAUUUAUGAAGAAAUCUGCCCUCCAGUCUAUGAAUGAAAUCGUUGGAUACUUCCACACGAAAUACAAGAAGGUACAAGCUCCACACGUAGUUGGUCACUACGCCGCAGGUGCGCGCCUCAUUGGGUUAACAGAAAAGCAGUUAGUAGAACAUUUAGAGCUUCUAAAGGCAAACAAUAGAGGUCGCAACGAGAAAAGCCCAUACGCCCAGCCACUUCAUAUUCUUUUCACGUCAGCAAACCGGGACAGUUUAAUCAAUCCGCCCUUGAAUCUCGUGAACAGACGCAGGAAGAAGAGAGGGAAGAUAAGAAUCAAGGUUAUCAUGCCCAACUCAAUCACCGAUCCAGCUGAUCCACCAGGUCCGCCAGUAGAUUCUCAGGUUAAAGUAGAAGAGAACAGAGCUCAAGUAAAGCAUGAGAGACGUCACACUGGGUGGGUGAGCCAGAGACUUCAGAGCACAGCGGUCCAUUUGCCUCUUAUUCAUUUGAAAAAGCUAGGAAACUUUGAUUUGCUGACAGCAGAGAAUUUACCCUCCAUCAGAGCAAAUGUACACAACGCCAAGAGGGAGUACUUCACUCAGAGACGGAAAGAGAAAAUGACGGAAACACAAAAACAUUGGAAAUCAUUAAUGCCAAAUAUGAUCACGCCGAGAAUGCUAAGGGACCACUUUAGGCGUGUGUUCAUUGCAAUGACUGACGUGGGACAACACGCAGACCCUUAUACCUCACAUAAACUUAAUAAACUCUUGACUAUUCCUUCAUCAACGGGCACUACCAUCAAAGAAUUAUAAUACAAGAUAGUGCACGAAGCCUUUCUUAUUCACAGUUCGCAAGAUAUAACUGCUUAAGAAGUUCAACAACUUACAGAUGUUAUACUUUUUAGUAAUAAAAAAAUAGUACAAUGU